AUGCUCUUUCAUCGCUGUCUCCGACCCGCCUUGGCUGCUAUCAGCUGCAUAGCCCUCUCUGCAGCCGCCCUUCCCAUUACCGCCGGCAGGGGAAAUUACUUCGCCCAGCCUCCGAAUCAGCCGUCGCAGGCCCUCGAGCUCGGUGGCGCCCUGGAGAAACGCAGCUUGUCUCUCUUGCGCCCUGCACAGAAGCGGGCCUUGUCGAGCGAAGAAACGCCGCAGCUUACGGAGCGGAGCAAAGAGCGCUCCCAGCCGGACCACAUCGCGUACUACGUCCGCCACUUCAAGCCCGACCCGAAGCUGAAGCCACUUCCCUUCGUUCGUCGAGGCCAAUACUACGCAGACGUGCUGUUCUACCGGGGCAUUCCGGUCUUCUUCCCCAGCACGGACCCCACAGCCCUGCAGCGAGAACAACAGGCGCUUUGUGAUUUCGGCAGUUUCUUCGUCUCGGCAAGCUCGCGAAAGCAUCCGACCAACACCGAGAUCCUGCUGGUCGACAAGACCGGUCUCGUCACUGUCGCGCCCAAGGAGGCCAUCUUGCAACACUUUGCGCGCAAAAUGUCCGUCGUUUCCGAGGAAAACCGCGUCGCCAAGAUGAUCGAACUCGGUCCAGGAUUCGCUCCGCGCAGCAGGAUGAGCAGCCUAAGGAAUUUGGUCUUUGGAUACAGGACUCCGAACGUCAAGGACGCCGCGCUGUGGGAUCACGUAGAUGGAAGUUCGCAUGACCUGGUUCGAGCGAUCUCAUUGCUCAUUCUUGCCAACCAAGCGGGUGGCAGCCGCUUGAUUGCAUCGCACAUUGCAUCCGAGCCGCGAGACAUCGAAUUGCGUGACAUUCCCACCAUCAUGGGCGAGAGUGGCUCUGCACAAAGUGGGUCGGACCAAGAUAUCUUGUUGGUACUGGUCUUGUUCAUCUUGCCCAAGCUGCUGGUUCCACCCGGAGCAAGCGAGCCGUGGCUCGAUGCAGGGUAUGCAUAUAUAGAAGCGUUGUUGCGAAGGGCGCUCAUCCCAGCCACUGAUCAAACAAGUCCGCACCCAUUCCUUUCGUUAUUACCGCUCUUCAACAUGCUGUUUUCGCCCUGGUUGCGGGCGACCUUGGCCAUUGGCUGCUGGGCUGCCCUUUCUACCGCCGUUUCACCUAACUCGUCAGGCUCGGACGCUGGACGUAUUGCUUCUGGCAAUCAUGGUCCCGAGGCACUUGGCCAUCUUGCAGAUCAUCGAAAGUCUCUGCAAAAGCGUGCAGGCGGAAACCCGUGGAGUGAUACGAUCGACUACUACGAGUACCUCUUCACGCGGAACCCGCGCCCCCAACCCACGCCCUCAGGCUUACUCGACGCGUACUACGCCGACACCCUUCACUACGGUCGCACUCCCGUGUUCCUGGCACGCGAAGGCAAGGUCGCCAUGGCGCGACAGGCCUUGGUCGACCACGGUUCGUUCUGGAUCGUCGGCGACCCGGUCCGCAGCCGCGAUGAACCGAUUCCAGCCUUCCGUCGCCUUGCCAACGGCCAAAAGGUCACGGAGGAGAAAGAAGCGGUGCUCAACCGCCUCUAUCAGGCGCGUCAUUUCGGAGAGGCGCAUGGCGACCUCGCCAAGAAGCUUGCUUUCGGCGCCCCAUUCGCGCCGGCUCGGCGACGCACUCCAAGCGAAGCCUACUUUACUUGGCAAGAGGUGCGAGAAAAUGCAAUCACCCUCAACACGAACGAGAUCGACAUCCGACAAGCACGUGCCCAGCUCGCCCAGCAUCACAUGCUCAAGCUGCACAAUCCCGACACCGGCUCGAUCAUCGGCUACAAGCUCAAUGAAGAAGGCGAGGUUCUCGUCCGUGUAUUCAGCGGCGCCGGACGCCACUUGGCGAAGCGUGAUGUCAACUGGAGGCCGAGUCAGAUCGAGUACUACACCCAGACAUACAAGGAGGAUCCCACGCUGAAGCCUCUGGCUCGUGCGGCGAGGGGGCCGUAUUACGCGGACGUAAUGUUCUACCAAGGCUAUCCUGUGUUCUUCCCCACUGGCGACCCCACCGCGAUCGCGCGGUCCAAGCAGGCGCUUCAGGACUUUGGCAAAUUCUACGUCCCAGCUUCGGCCGACGGCGCACCUGGAGACAAGAUUUUCCUGGCAGUGUCCAAGGGCGGAAAAGUGAGGGCUGCUAACGCUCAGGGUGGCAUUUGGUCUAUGCUGAUGCGAGCAGACAACCGGAGGUACCCGAUGGACCCGGUGGAGAAGGCGCUGACCCUCGGUCCGUCGUUCUCGAGGCGCAAGAGGCCUAGUGGCUUCUGGGGCUGGUUGCGCGGCUACAGGACACCCAAGUUCCAAGAAGUCAUCCAGACUGCCGACGUUGUCGACGCGAAGAGCGCGCGCAUUCCAGACCUUUGGACCAAGCUCGAAAACCAGGGACGCCUCGUCGUCAAGAACGGCGAGUCGUACACCGCUUACGUUCUGGACAAGAGUGGCAGAGUCCUGACGCACAUGUUCUGA